AUGGACGACAUGGCAUGGGAGCACAUUUACCACGAAGAAGUCCAAGGUUUUGUAGAUGAGAAUGGCGUUUCAAACAUUGAAGAAUUUUUUAAAAACAAGUUGGAACGUUGGCGAGACGUGGAGGUGAACAUAGCAAUCUCUGGCAGCUCCGGAGCUGGAAAAUCGAGUUUUAUCAACACGAUACGAGAGUAAGUAAAAAUGGCGAAGCAUUUUGAAAUGGAUUUCCUAUCAAAUUUUAAUUCGUGUCACUGUCUACUGUAGACUCAAACUUUCAUAGGCGCCGCGGUUCGAAUUCAUAAACACCAUGUGGCUUUCAGUAUUUAUGAAAAUAAAAGAAAAUUAACUAAAUUAUUGAGCUGAAGCAAAGCUUUUUCUAGUCGGGCUUUGAUAUCUAGAGAUAGCAAAACGUUUUUCAUGUGAUUGCUUCUGUGUCGGAUUCUUUGAUCAAUUUGUUUUUCUACGAACUUUGUACUUUCACUUCUACUACCAAUAUUGAAGAAAGCCGGAAGUUGUUGCAUCGAAAACAACUGUUUGCAGGCUAAUCAGACAUUGCAGGGCAUUGAGCGCGUGGUUUUAGUUUCGGAAAUUUAGAAUAAAAAUAAGUCAGUGAGUCAAUCUCAGUGUGUUAUAGCCGUUUUACCCAUGGGCAAAUGGCUGUUGUCCAUAGGGAAGCAACGUUUUGUACGGACGGUCUAGUUCUCUUUGCCUCGAGGAAUUUUUCCAUGAAUUCGUUUAUAUGUAAAAAAGAACUAGCAAAAGAAUUUCUCAUGAUGACAGUCUCCGAGGUAAGUUCUAUGUGCAAUAACUGACAAAGCCAAGGAGGCUGAACCAAUCAGGAGAAAGAGAAGUGUACCAUUACCACAUAAAUUAUUGCUAGUGCUCAUCUUUCCUGCGCGAAACUAGUUUUCAGGGGGCACGUAUCGUGAGAUUAUUGAAGAAAUACGCUCAGGAACAGAAGCGGGAUAUGGAAAAUCGAUUAACUAAUUUGCUAUGUCAAAUCCAUAUUAUAAAUUUUUCAUGAUUUUAGCGAUUUAUAACGGAAGUCCGUCUUUAAGGUUGCUUUUUGGCACAAGGUAGAAAGUACAGACGAGAAAACACAUCCACGUGUAACAACUGACCAACAAACAUGAAAAUGAAAAAUGCGUGGAACUGCCAUUUCACACCCAACCGCCUUUUUUAUUUGUAAAACCCUCAGUCUAUUUUGUACAUAAUGUCCGAAUAAUGACAAAAACAGUUCGGUUUAAUUACAUCCACUUCUUGCACGUUAGUAUAUAACCAGAAAUACAACCCUACUCCUACCCUGAAAUUAAGAUAUCCCCUGGAAUCGAAUCGAACUAAGUUCAGGCUAAAAUAUUACCCUUGAUAAAAUUUCACCGUUUCGCGUUAUCAAUCGAAAAAAUCUCUUGAUUUCUAACGAUUUUUAUCGAUUUCGAUUUUUACCUAUUAGCUACUCCGGGAUGUAACUACACCCGGAACUACACCGACGUGAAAGGGAGGGGGGUCAAAACAUCGAUCGUGAAAAACUGGGCGCCUACAAGGCUGGCCAAUACAAACUUACUGCUUGCGUGAAUCUAGUUUUCAUUAUUUGAUGAACUGAUGAACUGAUGUGGUAUCUUCUCGAAAUAAAUCGAUGAAAGAAGCGAGUUUGUUUUACCGAUUGAUCGAUAGAAUCGAUAUCAAUCAAUUUAAAUUUACCGAUUUUUAUUGAUUGAUGAAUCAACUGACCAAUUUCUAUCGAUUGACUAUACCGGAUAUUCUGACUCAAUAUUCUGUGUAAUUUUCCGUACUAUGAGCGGAUUUGAAGCCUGCUCCCCCCCCCCCCCCCCCCCCCCCCCCNUAAAAAUGGGUCAUUAAAAAGCCUGGAUUGCACUAAGAGUUAGUACAUUUGACACAAUAACACGAAACUAACCCUUACCCAGAAAUGCCUGCUUGCUACUCAGGCUACCACGCGGCCUUCACAUAAGUAAGAGCAAUGCAGUGAGACAGGGUGUAUAAGUAGUCCCAGACACUAGUUUUUUCACUCUUUUUUGUUUGUUUGUUUGUUUGUUUGUUUGUUUUUAGCCUUAAAGACUUCGACGAAAAGGCAGCCAAGGUUGGCGUCACUGAGUGCAGCCAAGAACCAACACCAUAUGAUCACCCAGACAAUCCUAAAAUCAAGUUCUGGGAUUUGCCUGGAAUGGGGACUCCAAACUUUCCUGUGGACACGUACUGCGAUCAAGUGCAAAUAGACAAGUACCACGCCUUUCUCAUAUUCACUGAUACCCGAUUCCGCGAGAACGACUUAAAACUGGCAGAGAAAAUUAGCUCGAUUGACAAGAAGUUUUUCUUCAUUCGCACCAAAAUUGAUGAAAAUGUCCGCGCCGAGAAGCGGUCAAAGUCCCCAGGAUCAUUUAACGAAGAAGCCAUGCUUGAGGAAAUCCGAGCAGACUGUUCGAAAAACCUGGGUCACCUGAAGAGCAACACUGAGGAUAUAUUUUUGAUAAGCAACCAUCAUCCUGCAAAGUGGGAAUUCGAUCGACUGAGAAAAGCCAUUCUGGAUGUGCUACCGAGGUAUCAGCGAGAGAGUUUAACCUUGUCCCUUGGCGUUCUGAAAAGCUUGUCAACCGAGAUGCUAAAGAGGAAAGUAGAGGUUCUUAAAGGGCGUAUUUGGAUGGUUGCUUCAGCGUCUGCCGCCGCCGCGAUGGUUCCCAUCCCUGGAUUGUCCGUGGCUGUUGACAUUGCGCUGAUGAUAAAAGAAAUCACAUUUUACAGAACCCAGCUUGGUCUUCCUGAGGAAGGAUCUGCUGAAUUUGCGAAUCUACAAGUCAACACCCGAGAAAAAGUCCGUAGAAUGUGUCUGACAACUGCAGCUCAAGUCACCGGGUUCUUAACAGCUUAUGCCGCAGAAGCGAGCGUUGAGGAAUUUGCUCGUUUUAUCCCAUUGCUUGGUUUGGCUAUAGCUGGCGGAAUGUCCUUUGCUACUACAUAUUAUGCUCUUAAGCAUUGUUUAGAAAAAGUUGAAGAAGCAGCUUUAUCAGUCCUUGUUGAAGCUGCCCACAAAUCAGCCGAGGAUUUGGAUAUUGAUUGA